AUUGUGCGUCGGUGACAUUAAACCACAACAAAUUGGUGCUGCGUUCAAAUACUCAAAGAAAAAUGCGAAUCGCUAAAACUGUGCUAAAAUGGGAUUGAAGCACAAAAUUCUAGCCUUCUGAUGAGUGAAUAGUGAUUGAGUUACUAUAUUUUAAUUGAUUUAAGUUGCCCGGAAAUGCACAUGGUUUUCUAAGCAUAAAACUAAUGACAAAUACAUAUUUAUCUUAUAUGCACUUUUAGCUCAGAGGUUUUAUCGAAACUCUUGAAUGCAACAUACGUCACGCGAGAAAAGGACGGACACGUUUAUUCAACUGAAGAGAUUUGAUUGACAUUCUUAUCAGUUUAAUGUGUCUUUAGUGUAAUUUCUUUUUUAUCAGCAAUGCUAUAAAACGUUUGGGGAGAGGCCGAGCUAGACCAGUCCUUGAAAUAAACAGUUGUAAUCUGACGCAGCUGCAUCAGGUUGCGAUAAAAAGCGACCUCAAACGUUUUUCUAAACAACUCAUAAAUGGAGGCUAUUUUGGGUCCUAAACCUGAAGACUUGGAGGAUUACUACGGGUUGUUAGGUUGUGAUGAACUGUCAUCGACCGAGCAGAUUCAGAAUGAAUACAAGAUCAGAGCCUUAGCAUGUCACCCAGAUAAACACCAGGACAACCCAACAGCAGUGGCUGAUUUCCAAAAACUGCAAGAAGCCAAAGAAGUUCUGUGUGACGAAGCCAAACGGAGAAACUACGACCUGUGGAAAAGAAGCGGGAUUAGUAUUCCCUUCCACGAAUGGCGAGCCCUGAAUGAUUCGGUAAAAACGUCGAUGCAUUGGGCUGUGAGAACCAAGAAGGAACCGAUGCUGGAGUCCUGCAAACCGGAAGAUCUGGCUGCUUCACAGACCGACGGAACAUCGGAGAAUCCUUCAAACGAAGCAGCAUUAAGCGAUUUUUAUCAUCAGCGUUUCCGUUGGGCCUCUGACUCUCCAUCGUGUCUGCUGCAGAAGUUCAGAAAUUAUGAAAUAUAAUUUCAUAAUUUCAUAAAUGCUAGCUCUCAUUACUCUCUUUAAGUAUUUGCUUCCUGCUGUUUUCAGGCAUUCAGCUGCUAAAGUUUCUACCUUCUUAUGAAUAUUUAGUUUGUGUCUAUGCUAUAAAAAAUGUGUGGAUGUGAAUGUUUCCGUUCCAGAUGUAUAAAAAUUACAUGUUCCAUAUUUUAUCUGAUAAAAUCAAAAUGUAAAUGAUUUUUAAUGUUUUGUGUAACUUUUGCUGUUAAUGCUGUGAAUGUAAUACAUUUCAGCUUUUUGUGCCACUGACUGCUGUUCAAAAUGGUUUUGUUUUUCAAAUAAACUACAGUUUCAAUGUGA